ACAAAGGAGAGAACUGUGCAGGCAUUCCUCCGUGUCUCCGAUGAUGGUGUCCAGCAAUUCAACAACCGUAUCCAUCAGGUCCUCAUGAGCUCUGGCUCCACCACUUUCUCAAAGAUCGUUAACAAGUGGAACACUGCACUGAUCGGUUUGAUGACGUACUUCCACGAGGCUGUCAUCCACACAAACGAACUCUUGGACAAGAUUCAAACUCGUGUCAAGAUCGGCUUGAACAGUAAGAUGCCAUCCCAUUUCCGUCCUGUCGUCUUCUACAUGCCAAAGGAGCUUGGUGGCCUUGGAAUGCUUUCGAUGGUUCAUGUUCUCAUCCCGCAGAUUGACUUGCGAUGGUCCAAGCAAACUGAUGUCGGAGUUACUUAUUUCCGCGCUGGUAUGACCCACGAGGAGAACCAAUUGAUUCUGAACUUGUACAGAUAUCUUCAGCCAUGGGAGGCAGAGUUCUUGGAUUCAGCUCGUGUCUGGAUCGACAUUCAGCUUCGUUGGAUGAGCACUGUCGAG